AUGAGCUGGUUGACAAUUUUGGCGGGAAGAUCCAGCCGCAGGUGGAUGCCUGUCUCAAACACUGAUGAUAAUGAUGAUGCUGGCAGGGAUGCCUUGAUGAGGAUGGCAGAUGGUUACUAUGAUGAUAGCCAGCAUGGUGGCAGAGCUGCAGGACCAACUGUUCAUCGUAGCACCAGUGAUGAACCAGUCUUUCAGCACUAUAGAUCGUCUCAGAUUCCGUCAUCACGCUCGUCAUCAACUUUUGUGGAUCCAUCACAGUCUGAAUCUCUUUCCAAGAUGUUGUGUCUUUACAGCCUUGAAAAACUGAACUUUCCUCAAAAAAGAUGGGUUUAUGUUCUUUUGUCUGUUUUUGUGAUACUUGCAUUCAUAGGCCUUACAGUGGGUCUCGGAGUUUACAGCCUUCUGUUUUAUUACCCAGACAAACUGGUCAUUGACAAGUCAGUGAAGUCUUUCAGCAUCCCCAAUCAUGAGGCCUACCGCCACUUUGAAGCCAUGAUGCUUGCAAGGAAAGAUAGCUUACAUUUAGGACGAUCUCGUCGUGACACUAGAUCAUCCAGGACACACUUCAGGUUGAGCAGAGACAGAGUACUUGCCAAAGAAAAGAAAAUGCUUCAAGAAACAAAUUCAGUGUUACGAGAGUUGGGUCACAAAGAUAUUGGAUUUUCUGUAAGAAAGCCAGCUUUACAGUCACUUCAACCUGCUGAAGGAUUCAGUAUAGGGUCAGCAUUUAAUAGUGUUUUAAACCGUGUCAAAAGGACCACACGAAAAAUUGACUGCUUGCUUGCUUACCAAAGCGUUGCCAAGUGGAAAAUGCAUGUCAUUUAUUUAGCUCAUGGUGACAACAGUACAAACAUGUUCACAAAAGAUAGACUGCAGACAGCUCAUGCCAUUGAGAAGAAGAUCAUUCAGCACCCAGGUUUUAACAACUUCUGCCUUCGGGACCCCCGCAUACAGAACGUUGUCCCUUCAGUUAUGAAGAUGAAUGGAUGUGUGCCUCUGAACUCAUUACUGACCUACUUUUAUCCUUCUAAGGAUUCAGGUGGGACAGUUUAUUACGAUGGGAUGGGAGGAAACCUAGUGGAUAUCGAUAGUGCUCUCAAGCUGGCCAUGACACAGGACACCUUCUACUAUUAUGUUGAUGAUAAAAUCAAUGCAACAUUCCAGGAAAGUCAUCUGUUGAGAUCUGAGGUUUUGUUUGGGGCACCUCUGCAAGGCUACACCUGCAUCAAUGAAUUCAAGAAAGACCAGGAUGAAAAGUUUAAGGACUUUGUGGUGACAUACAUCAGCCUACUGUCCAAGUCGUCCACCGACAAAGUGCGUGUUUUGUACGGUGGCACUGAGAUCUUUGACUAUGAGGUGACGUCGUCAUUUUGGAGCGACGUCCGUCUGGCCAUCAUCUCACUAGUGGCUAUCUGUGUGAUCAUGCUGGUCCUGUCACUGUCACUGUACCUGACAGUUAUUGGCAUUGUCGUUAUCGGGGUCAGCUUCCCCAUCUCGCUCUUCUUCUAUCGAGUGGCCUUCGGCAUCAACGCUCUAGGAAUUCUCAAUGGUGCUGCUGCUUUUGUCAUCAUUGGAAUAGGUGUGGACGAUGUGUUUGUAUACAUGAACAUCUACAGACAAGCUGACCACAUGAAAGACCCUGUCAAACGAAUCUGGUACACUGUCAAGACAGCUGGUGUAGCUACAUUCUUCACUUCCUUCACCACGGCUGCAGCUUUUGCCGCCAACAUCGCCUCCUCGAUCCCAGCAGUGUAUGAGUUUGGAUUAUUCAUGUCACUGAUCGUGUCCAGUUGCUGGGUGUCGGUGUUUGUACUGAUGCCGCCCACCUUGUACCUCCAUGCCUGCUUCAUAGAGCCCAUUGAGAAGCUGAUGCUCUCCUGCUUCUCCUGCAUUGGAUCUAAAGAAGGGAGUGUUGUCGACAGUUCAGCUGUCCGUCACUAUGACCAGCAACAGGGAAAUGGCUACAACCUGUACGAAGAAGAUGUGCCUAUGCUGGAUGUUGAAGGUAAGCCUGACCCAGCCCAACAGGAUUUUGAUGAUGGGGGCAUGGACGAUGACGACAUGCUGCUGAUGGACGACCCAAACUCUCCCUUUGAAGGUCAUCUUCAGAUCAAUGGAAUCAACACAGGGAAUGACGAGACUAGAGGUAUCAGCAAGAUAUGUUCACGUACAGCAGGGCUUGAGAUGGAGCCACCGAGCACAGACGAUAACAACAUGUGUCUGGGCCUGUUGCUGCAGAAGAUGAUGAUAGUCCUCACAGACAAAGUUGUCAUCAGAGGCAAAUACAUUAUCAUGGGUUUUUUUGCUGCUGUACUGAUAACUAGUUGCUUUUUAAUGGCCCAACUGCAGCCAUCAACCCACCCUCCUCAGCUUUUCAGGCCAGAUACCAACAUUCAACAAUUAUUGGAUUUGAAGGCCAACUUUACAAUGAUAGACGCAUUGAACUGUGAUAGGUGUUCUGGGGUAUACAAG